AUGAGCAGCACCGACACCCCCAUGGAUGGCGACAAGGUUGUUCUCUCUGUCGCCUCGAGCCACAACGGCCGCGUGAACGGCAAGCACUGGAAGGCCGGCAAGGGCGCGACGAAGCGGACGACUAUGCCCAAGGGCCAGCGCACGCCGUAUGAGCGCAGGAUGGAGAAGGAGAAGGAGCGCAAGGCCAUCAAGCAGGUCGAGCAGGAGAUGAAGGACGAGGCGAGGGAGGAGAGGGAGAGCGUGCAGGGGCCUUGGCUCUACUCUUCUCUCGAAGCGCACAAGCUCAUCGCCACUGAUGGAAAGCUAACGUCCAGGCGAGCCAACAUUAUCCGGGAACGCCGCGCGAAGCAGGAGGAGAAGGCGCGCCUCGAGGCCAUGGCCGAGAAGAUGAGCGUGAAGAAGAUGCAGCGGAUGAAGAAGGUGAGUAGUAUUUACGCACGCGACGGCGAAGCCGGAGCGUGCCGGAGCGUGCCGGGCGUGCCGGGCGUGCCAGAGUGUGUUGGGGCGAGGUGCAACCGCACAUUGGAGCCCGGUAGUGAUCAGGCUGUUGAGAGGGGAGGGCUGUUAUUCCCCCCAAUCCCUCUCCAACACAGGCAGUCAGCACGCCUACUCCUCCCGGCCCACUCUGGGCAUUAUCCCCAGCUCCCAUUAUUGUCGACAGAGCUGACAUUCCAGCGCCAGGGCCGCACGAAGAAGAUCAACGGCUAA